AUGCAGAAGCCCUUGAGCACGACGGCGGUAGCUGUGAAGGCGACUGUGCUGCCCAUGUCGUGCAGCGCGGUGGCGGCCUCGGCAAUCCGUGUCAUGAGAUGUGUGAUGCGCUUGCCCCAUGGCGAGUACCCGAGAAGCAGUAGCUCCGCAUGGUCCUCCAAGGCUCGCGUUGUCGUUGUCGAGCGCCAGCACCAUCGACUGCGCCCGGCGCACCGCCUCCCCAGCGCCGCCGCCGUCGGCACCCUCCACGUCCAGCCCGCUCCACCGCAUCCAUCCUCUGGGCCUCCAAAACCACCUCAAAUCCAUCCACAUCCAGCACGGCUUGAGAUGCUGCUUCAUGGAGGACGUCGCAAAUCUAGGAGGGGGAAAACAGUGAGGGAGAGGGAGAGGAGGAAGGUGAGGGAGGGGAACAUACGACUGAGGCCUUGCCGUCCCACGGAUGAAGAAGAAGGGGCGAUGCAGAGAGAAGCGGCGGAACCACGAAGGGAGCGGAGCGGCGGGAAAGGGUUGCGGCGGAGCGGCGGCGUGGCUCACUCUCGUCCCGGCGCCGCUGCCUGA